AUGCUCGAAACCAUGAGCACAUUUUCUAGUUAUUCAUCGAGUGUAUUAACAAUCAAGAAUUUUCCAUUGAUAUUUAAUGAUUGUGAUCGACAGGAGUUUUUAGAACAUUUUGGUGCUACUCGUGUACGUUGUUUACCUCGCAUUAAAAACAUUGUCAAUGCGAUUAUUGCGGAUUUUGGCUCUAAACCACAAGCUUCUCAGGCACUUCAACGUCUGCAUCAACUGGAAAUCUUAAAUCGUCGAUUGAGUGUUGAAUACUGUCCAUUGGAAUUAGUCCAUUUAGUAUUUUCAAAGACUUUAUCGUUAGAAGACGAUCCUUUAUUAAAUGGGAUCUCACCAGGUAAAAACCAACUCCGUUAUUCAUUACCAUCCGAUAGACUAUCGUACUCAUAUCCACCAAUUAACGAGACAAUCUUAACAAAUAUUAAUAAUGCUCUUCUAUCUGUACCUGCUUUUUAUACGCAAGUUCUUCAUCUUAUGAACAAAAUGUCUCUUCCAUGUCCGAUGGUUGCCGAUUCGGCAAAGAAAGUUCGAAGUUCAUCAGCGUCGAACAUUACAUAUGAAACAGGAGAGCCGAAUGAAAUUGUUGAUAUGGAUACGGAUGGCGAUGAAAGUGAAAUUGAUGACGGAGAAGAAGAAAAACGAGUCAGACGUCGAUUUCAUCAUGAAGAUAUUCCGCCAAAGUCAACUGCGGAAGAAACUGAGCCUGUCAAACAAAGCAGCGUAACGAAUGACGCUGAGAAAAAGAAAAAACCAAUAAUUGAGCUUAUCUUACCACAAUCACUUCGACAAACUCGAAAAGAAGAAAGCGUACCAAUAUCGACAAGUCAUGGUUUCGGUCGAUUAGAACUAACGAAAUCAACAACUUCAUCAGCGAAUGUUGCUUCAGAAAUCGUCGAGCAACUUCCAGCACUUCCACUCAUACCUCUCGACGAAAUAAUCAAAAAUCGUUUCAAUGAAGAUCAAUUACGAUUAAUCGAUAAUGGUCGUCUAUAUCGAAAUUACGAACGUGGUCAGCCUUCCCGACGGCUCUAUAUAAAGAAUAUCGCUACAAAACAUGUUGAUGAACGUGUUUUGCAUUCUAUAUACGAUCGUUAUAGAGGAAAUUCUUCGGAAAUUGAUAUUCGUCUUAUGCGCGAAGGAAAAAUGAAAGGUCAAGCAUUUGUGACAUUCGAUAGUGAAGAUUUGGCUUUGAAUGCAUUGAAUGAUACGAAUGGAUUUAUUUUACACGAAAAACCACUGAUUGUCCAGUUCGCUCGAACAGCCAAGCCAAAAGAAACUGUUUAG